AUGCACACCACCGUCAUAUCACUGCGCCUGGACGCCAUCGGCAAGCCCUGCUUCAACAUACCUCGAGCGAAGAUCGAGGAGAGCUUCUACAGCGACCUGAUCCGCGUCAACGGCGAGCGCGUGGCGAAGAAGAGCUACGAGGUUCGCGUCGACGACGUCAUUGACUACAUCAAGGGGCUGAAUGGCGAGGACCGCAGCAAGCUGGACAUUACCCGCGUGCAGAUUCUCUCGGUGGACGACAAAGCCGCCUCCUCGGGACGCAUUCGAAUGUCAUUUCGAAAGACGAAUGGCCUCACCGUGGACAACUACGCCCGCGAUCCCUAUGAGGGGGCACUGUAG